GGACGACGAGAGGCGCGAGAGGGGAGUAAAAAUUCGACCAAUUGAUCGUAGGCAGGAGCUAUCGUAUUGUCAUUCGCCCGGGAGGUUUUUCGGGUCGAUCUUCCAGCCUUCUGCUACGUGUUGAGACGAGUGUGCGAGAUGUAUCUAUCUGUACGGUCGUUGCGAUUGUGCGCAGGUUGCAAGUUGGAAGCUUGGAAGUUUCAAGUCAGAAAGAGAUCAUCAACCUCUUCCGAGCUCCCCGCCCUCGACGUCAUUCGCUCUGCGUGGAUCAGAAGCUUCUAUUCGUCUCUCUGGUUCCCCUCCCCCUUCUCCCCUCACACACUCGCUUACACACGCGCGCGCGUCUCUCGUUUGGAUCUUCAUCACCCGAGCAGCGAGCAAAAGGUGGAUCAUCCCAACCUCAACAGUGCAUCAGCCAAACACGCGGCCACCGACUGGAACGUUGUUUGGACAGAGAGGCAUCGUCAACCUCUUCUUGCUUGUUGCUCGCCUUGGGACUCUGGUCGAGCCGUUAGCUGUAGCGAUAGUUGGGCUGGGAAAACAGACCCCUCGCAUCAUCCCCGGACAUUCAGUCGGCUUCGACAUCCAGGCUACAUCCUUCGAUUUUUUCGGUCCUCUUUCCUUUUUUGCAUCUGCUCCGUAAGCAUCCUUUGUCGUCCCAUCCCCUUUCCUCCUCGCACAUCCUUCUCGGCCCUGUAUCAUCGUAGCCGUCGACGUCGUCGUGCAAACUGGACUAAAAGCUGACAACCACUCUCUCCGUCUUAUCUAUUCGUGUUGCUUCCGGGUUCGUGUGGGGGGGAUCGAAUUUGCUUAGUCUCCAUACCUGGAUACCCCAAUCAGCUCUUUCUCGAACAAAGGACCACGAAGGUCUGACGAUCUAGACCGGGUGUC